GAUGUUUUGUCUACAAACGACCACAAGCUCGACUGGAUCCAGCCAUCCAUGUGAUCAGCAGAGGAAUCAAAACAUCCCGGUGUCUGUGGUGUGCGCGCUUUUUCUUACUCACUCGUUCCUGCAAAUUUUAAAGUAACGAUCUCUAAAACAUAGCAGCUGUGAUUGUCAACAUCUGAACUGAAAUGGAAGAAGAAAGACAGCGAAGACACCAAACAGUCUCAGAGACUCCAGAUGGCUCCAUGAGCUGGUGGGACUGGCUGCUGCUCCUCCUGUCCUACCUCCUGCUGCUCAUCACUCUGCCCGUCUCUAUCUGGAGGUGCUUGAAGAUCAUCCACAAGUACGAGAGCGGCGUCGUCAUUCGCCUGGGACACAUUUUGCCGAAAGCCAAAGGACCAGGGUUGGUGUUCGUCCUGCCGUGCACAGAUCGUCUGAUCAGAGUCGACAUACGAACCGUCGUCUUCACCCUCCAACAACAAGAGGUUCUGACCAAGGAUUUUGUGACGAUGAGGGUUCACAGUGUGGUGUACUACCGGGUCAAAGACGCCACCAAGGCCGUGACCAACGUCACAGAUGUUGAUGAUGUGAUGGAGAUCCUGGCUCAGAGCACCAUCACCACCAUCCUGGGUACAAAGACUGUGUCUGAGAUCUUGUCACAGUGGGACCAGAUCAGGGACCAGAUACAGUGCACUCUGGAUGAUGCUGCAGACAUCUCAGGGGUCCAGGUGGAGCAGCUUCAGAUAAAGACUCUGAACGUUAAGGACCAGCAGCUGCAGAAGAUUGUGGCAGCCAAGGUGAUCGCUGCAGAGGGGGAGAUCAGAGCCUCUCAGAUGCUGAAGGAGGCCUCUGUGGAGCUCGGCGACUCUCCGUCUGCUCUGAGACUUCGCUACCUCCAGACCAUGGAAAUGUUCGCUGCUGAAAAGUCUGUAUCCAUCCAGAUGGACCCUGAGAUGAUGCAUCAUUCACUGACAUAUUGAAGGUCAGCAAAAAAAAAAAAAAAAAGUUCCAGGGUUCACUGGCUGUGAUUGGAGACGCUUCAAUCAA